UGGCGCCACUUCCGGCCCGCUCCGUGUGCCCUAUCGCGACAGGGCCGGGGCUGUGGGAGCUCUGUCGCGAUAGGAGCGGGGCUGUGAGGGCUCUGUCGCGAUGCGGGCGGGCCCGGUGCGCUGGUUCUGCUCGCGGCCCGCGCCCCGGUACCAGCAGGGGCAGCGUCCGGAGCCGCGAACGCGCGAGUAUUUCUAUUACCUGGACCACCAGGGACGGCUUUUCCUGGAUGACACCAAAGUGAAGAAUUUCAUCACCUGCUUCAAAGACGUUGCCUUCCUGUCCUUCUUCUUCCGCCACCUGGAGCCGAACCGGAGCGGCCGCUACGAGCUGGAAUUCCCGUUCCUUUCUCGCUGCGGGCGGGAGCGGAACUUCCUGCGCUGCGAGGACCGGCCCGUGGUGUUCACGGAGCUGCUGCCGGGGCCCCGCGGCCGCGCCCUGCUCUCCUUGUGCGGGGCGGGCGCGGCGCUGGCCGUGCCCUUCGAGCCGCGGGGGCUGGCGCUGCUGCCGCGCAACGGGCGGCUCUACCACCCGGCCCCGCCGCGCGUGGGGGGCGUGGGGCUGGUGCGGUCCGCGCUGGCCGCAGAGUGGAGCCCCCGGUUCCACUUCGGGCACGGCCCGGAGCGGCCCCCCACGCACUUCGAGUGGGACGGCAGCAGGCACCGGCUGAGCGGGGACAUCCUCCCGCUGCUCCAGCAGGGAUCGGGUGGGACGGGAGAUCCUCCCGCUGCUCCAGCAGGGAACGGAGCGGGGAGCGGGGUGUGACGGGGAAGAGGGAGCUGGGAAUGCGGGGAUCGGGAUGUGACGGGGAAGAGGGAGCUGCUUCCUCUGCUUCGGCUGGGAAUGCGGGGAUGUGACCGGGAAGAUGUGACGGGGAAGCGGGAGCUGCUUCCACUGCUCCGGCCGGGAACGGCGGGAUAUGACGGGGAAGAGGGAGCUGCUCCCGCUGCUCCAGUCGGGAACGGGGCAGGGAUCGGCUCCGAGGGGAGAUCCUCCCGCUGCUCCAGCUGGGAAUGCAGGGAUGUGACGGGGAAGAUGUGACCGGGAAGCGGGAGCUGCUCCCUCUGCUCCAGCCGGGAACGGCGGGAUAUGAUGGGGAAGAUGUGACCGGGAAGCGGGAGCUGCUCCCUCUGCUCCAGCCGGGAACGGCGGGAUAUGAUGGGGAAGAUGUGACCGGGAAGCGGGAGCUGCUCCCUCUGCUCCAGCCGGGAACGGCGGGAUAUGAUGGGGAAGAUGUGACCGGGAAGCGGGAGCUGCUCCCGCUGCUCCAGCCGGGAACGGCGGGAGGGGCCGGGGAAGGGGCGGGAUCCGCUGGGAUCCACAGGGAGGGGGGAUUGGGAGCAGUCGGAGACACCCCAACCAUUCCCGUCAUCCCAUGGCACCGGGAUGUGAUGGAAUUGGAGACCCCACAUCAUUCCCAUCAUUCCCAUGGGAAUGGGAUGUGAUGGAAUUGGAGAUCCCACAUCAUUCCCAUCAAUCCCAUGGUAAUGGGAUACAUGGAAUUGGAGACCCCACAUCAUUCCCAUCAUUCCCAUAGUAAUGGAAUUGGAGACUCCCCACCCACCAAAGAUCCCCCAAACUGGGAGAGAGCCAAUUCCAGCCCCGGGAUUCCCAGUUUUCCAUGAAUUUACCCCCCAAAAAAAAGAUUGGAAGCCGCUGUGCCGGAUCCUCGCUGGAUUUGGGGGUUGGGAGGGGGGGAUUGGGCAGGAACUGAGUGAUUUAUUGAUUAAUUUAUUGAUUAAUUUAUUAAUCCCUAAUGAACAUCCCAUGGGAAGCAGUGGCAAUUCUGUGUGGUUCCUGCGGCACCGGAUCCGUCCCGGCUGGAAAACAGCGGGAAUGAUGGGAUCUUGGAGUUAUAGAGUCAUGGAAUUAUGGGAUCUUGGAUUUAUGGGGUCAUGGAAUUUGGGGAUCUUGGAGUUAUAGGGUCAUGGAAUUUGGGAUCUUGGAGUUAUUGGGGAUCUUGGAGUUAUAGGGUCAUGGAAUUAUGGGAUCUUGGAUUUAUGGGCCAUGGAAUUUGGGAUCUUGGAGUUAUAGGGUCAUGGAAUUUGGGGAUCUUGGAGUUACAGGGUCAUGAAAUUUUGGGAUCUUGGAGUUAUUGGGGAUCUUGGAGUUAUAGGGUCAUGGAAUUUUGGGAUCUUGGAGUUUGUUGAUCUUGGAGUUAUAGGGUCAUGGAUUUUGGGGAUCCUGGAGUUAUAGGGUUAUGGAAUUUGGGGAUCUUGGAGUUGUAGGGUCAUGGAAUUUGGGGAUCUUGGAGUUAUACGGUCAUGGAAUUUGGGGAUCUUGGAGUUGUAGGGUCAUGGAAUUUGGGGAUCUUGGAGUUAUAGGGUCAUGCAAUUAUGGGAUCUGGAAUUAUAAGGUCAGAGACCCCAAAACCAACCUCCCCACCCCAGGGACCCCCCAAACCCCCUCAGG